AUGGACAACACUACGGUCAAUAAACCAAGGCCAUCUGGUCUACCUAGGCCUUCACGUCUUCCACUACCAUCGGCCUCAAGAGGAAACUUGCAGCAGCAGCAGCAGCCUUCCCGACCUACGAAUACUAUCGUCAACCCACGUUUACGAAGCGCCCCAUCAAGAGAUCACUUAUCGGCAUCAACACCUUCGAGACAACGUAUCAUAGCACCUGCUGCUAGUCGCCUACCCCCGCGACCAAUACAGCGCAAGCCAAGCAACAAUACCUUUCAAAAGCCUCCAAUAGUCGACCAAGAACAAUUUCGGCCAACUUCGAGGGAGGAGGAUGUGAAGGGGCACAGAUUCUCUCCCGUCAUAUCUGAUGAAGAAGAGGGAUUCAGUGGGAGCUCGUCGUCUCGACCCUCCUUAUCCGAGCGAACAAUGGAAACACUACAGCAUAUUCCCCCAUCGCCAGCGGUUCGAAGGAGACAGUCGAACUUUUUCAAUUCUCAGGCUCCUCCACGCUCCGUAUCUCGUGCGAGCUCAUCAUCCAGACCCGGGUCUAGUUACCAAAAUGAUGGGUCUAUGAGACCACCUUCCCGCCGAUCUGCCAGCUCAAGACCGACAUCAAGUGCAGACUCUGGGCAAUCAAUUACUGACUUCCGAUCAUCUUCGGGUACCUUCCGACCCCCACCCACAAGUUAUAAGGCUUCCACACCAAUGAAACGACCAAGUCCUGUAAAGACACUUAAGACACCAACGGUUCGAAGCAGCUUCAGCCCCGGAAGCAUAGCGCAGCUUCCAUCACCCGGCAAUGCCUUACAAAGAUCUCCAAGUCCGGUAAAAACAGAAAAGCUUCCCACGAUCAAAUCUGGUAGCAAGACAUUCAGCGCACGAUCCGUAAAGGAGCGAGCCUCGAUUACUGGUCUGUUUCGCAAACCCUCAAUGCCUUCAAUGGAUCAUUCAUUCGAUGCGGACAGCGUUAGCUUUGUUACUAGGAAGAAGUCGAUGAACUUCAAGGACAUUCCCUCCAAAUCGGUCACAUCGGCUCCUACGGAAGAUUAUGUAGAUAAGCCGUUCGACAAGGACAGCAUGGGAUCUGUCAACGGGAAGAAGUCAAUGAACUCCAAGAAUAUUCCGCACAGAUCUGUGACAUCGGCUCCCAGCGAAGUUGCUUUGAGUUCCGAUGAAACGGGAGAGUCGGCAGUGCCAAAGUCUUCCUCGUCGCUUAGAGACCAAAUCAUGAAAGCUAAAGCUGCAAAGCGAGCGGCAGUAGUCACAAGUGCCGCAAGCAACCAUGAAGAAGCACCUGUAAUUCCCACAGCGUCAUUCAAUUUUGGUCUUUCAGAUGAUCCUUUUAAUCAGGGAGUUGAUCCAAACGCCAGCAAAGGCCUCCUACGCAAACGUAUUGCUGCUGCACGAACCGAUGGACGGCUCAAUGUCGCUGCUAUGGGUCUCAAAGAAAUGCCCGAGGAGGUUAUGACCAUGUACAAUUUCGAUGCACUCGGAGAUCAGGGUGGAUCAUGGGCCGAAGCUGUCGAUUUAACAAGAUUCAUUGCAGCUGACAAUGAGUUUGAAAAGCUUGAUGAGAACAUUUUCCCGGAUGUCGACCCACGUGAGGCCAUGGAAGAUGAUGAGUUCAUGGGUAACCAAUUUGGCGGUCUUGAGACAUUGGACCUACACGGUAAUAUCUUGAAAGAGAUUCCUAUGGGUCUACGUAGACUUGAGCUGUUGACAACUUUGAAUCUGUCAAACAACAAAUUAGGCAAUGAAUGCCUCCAAGUCAUUACACAGAUUAUAUCUCUACGGGAUCUCAAAAUAGCAGGCAACGGACUCUGUGGGACUCUAAGUUCAAACGUAGAAAGCUUAACAAAUCUCGAGGUUCUAGACAUACAACGAAACGCUCUUGACACAUUCCCGGACACUUUCGUACAAUUAGGACGACUGAGGGUUCUCAAUAUCACCGAAAAUAGGUUCCAAUCAUUGCCUUUUGAGAUUCUAAGCCGUCUACCUCUUGCCGAGCUUAUAGCUGUCAAGAAUGGCCUCGCUGGUACUCUUAUUACGGGAGCCGUGGAAAGGUUAUCGCAACUUCAAGUUCUGGAUGUCACGAGUAAUGCUAUUACUGCUCUGUGUGAAUCUGAGCUCGACCUCCCUUCACUUCAUCAGUUGAGCUGCUCCUCAAACCGCAUUGCAAGUCUCCCCGAUUUGGUUUCCUGGGUAUCUUUACGUACAAUUGCAGCCGAGGACAACAACCUUUCUGAGCUACCGCCUGGCUUCGUCGAUUUGCUCAAGGUGAAAAGUGUCAAUUUCAGCGGUAACAAUAUCAAGGUUUUAGAUGACAGAAUUGGUGCAAUGAAAAGUCUCAACAUCUUCCGCAUAAGCGGGAAUCCUCUAAGAGAAAGAAAAUUCUCUGCAAUGUCCACCGAAGAUCUGAAAAAUGCUCUGCGAGCUCGAAUUGCACCAGCCGAGCAAGAGAAAGAUGGUUUUUUGUCUGAGCCAAGCACUCCAAGCACAUCAAGUCGGCCAUCGUCUUCUCAUUGGCCCGUCCAAACGGGAGGAAUUCUUGAUCGAUCCAACACAACUUCACACUCCCUCAAUCCAGUGCUAGCUGCAGAAGUUGCUACACACGAUACAAUCAGAAUCUUACACUUACAACAUAAUCAAUUCAAAGAGAUACCUACCUCUAUUGCUUUCUUUGCAUCCACUCUCACCUCCUUGAGUAUUGCUCACAACGAGUUGACAAACGACACGUUCCUGAAGGACAACCUAGAUCUACCUGUAUUGAAGGAAUUGAACCUUAGCUCCAAUACUUUCCAUUCCCUGCAACCACUAAUACAACAUUUACAAGCUCCUAAGUUAGAGAAGCUUGAUAUAAGUUUCAAUCGCCUAAUCUCGCUACCUGUCCUAAGACCCCAUUUCCCGAGCUUGAUAUUCCUUAUGGCAUCGAACAAUACAAUUCGUGAGUUAAUGCCCGAAGCCGUCCGGGGCUUGAGAACUUUGGACUGCAGCAGCAAUGAGAUAAAUAGCUUGAACUCGCGUAUCGGGCUUUUGGGUGGACCUGAUGGGCUACAGACUCUAGAUGUCACUGGGAAUCGUUUCCGUGUGCCAAAAUACACAAUUCUGGAGAAAGGUACGGAAGCCACCCUUGCAUGGCUGAGAGAAAGAAUUCCUUCUGCAGAGGCAUCUGCAGAGGAAACUAGUCCGGCGGAUGUUGAUUAA